CUGAUGUAAUAAUAAAUAAAAAGUGCAAUUGGUAUGGAUGCUAAUUGGCUGCUAAUAUUCUAAAUCAGGGUUCUUCCAACUUUUUUCCCAUGACCCAGUGCCAUGAUACCACAUACCUUCGCGACCCUAUUUUUAUGCUUGGUCUGAAAAUUUCUGAAGUAACCUACAACAAGAGCUGCAAUUUUUGGCAAAGUGAUUAAAAUGUGUGCAUACUUUAUUCCUGAUUGUAGUCAAACUUAAAAGUUUUGUAAAAGAUGGGAUGGGGAGAUCUAGGAAUAUUUGGUGAACCCUCUAAGGAGACUCCUAAUUUGGAUCAGAUGGCAGCAGAAGGGAUGAUUUUUCCAGAUUUCUACACAGCUAACCCUCUGUGCUCCCCAUCAAGAGCAGCUUUGCUAACUGGACGUCUUCCAAUACGGAACGGUUUCUACACAACCAAUAAUCAUGCCAGGAAUGCUUAUACACCACAAGUGAUAGUGGGUGGAAUUCCUGACUCUGAAAUCCUUUUGCCUGAGCAGUUGAAGGAAGCUGGAUAUGCAAAUAAGAUCAUCGGAAAAUGGCACUUAGGGCACAGACCACAAUUCCACCCUCUCAAGAAGGGGUUUGAUGAAUGGUUUGGUUCUCCCAACUGUCAUUUUGGACCAUAUAACAAUAAGGACAUUCCAAAUAUUCCUGUGUACAGGAACUGGGACAUGGUUGGCAGAUAUUACGAUGACUUUAAAAUUGACCACAAGACAGGAGAGGGAAAUCUGACUCAAAUCUACCUGCAGGAAGCCCUGGAUUUCAUUACCAAGCGAGCAGCUACACAACAGCCAUUUUUCCUGUACUGGGCAAUUGACGCCACACAUGCCCCUGUAUAUGCAUCUCGGCCCUUCCUGGGUACCAGUCGCAGGGGCCUGUAUGGAGAUGCAGUGAGGGAAAUUGAUUUCAGCAUCGGAAAGAUCCUUGGACUGCUGAAGGACAGCGGUGUGGCAAAAAACACAUUUGUAUUCUUUACGUCUGACAAUGGGGCAGCCCUGAUCUCUGCUCCACAUCAAGGUGGCAGCAAUGCCCCUUUCCUAUGUGGAAAGCAAACCACAUUUGAGGGUGGCAUGAGGGUGCCAGCGAUCGCAUGGUGGCCAGGACGUGUGGAUGCUGGUCAGGUGAGCUAUCAACUGGGUACCAUUAUGGAUCUUUUCACAACCUGCUUGUCCGUGGCAGGGCAAGCUAUCCCAGAUGACAGAUAUCUUGAUGGCAUUGACCUAUCAUCUGUCAUCCUCUCAGGAAAAGUGUUGGAAAGGCCAAUAUUCUAUUAUCGUGGUAAUGAACUGAUGGCAGUUAGGCUAGGGAUGUACAAGGCCCAUUACUGGACUUGGAGCAACUCAUGGGAAGAAUUGUCUGAGGGUAUUGAUUUCUGUCCAGGACAAAAUAUUAGUGGAGUGACAACACACACGCAAACAGAACAUAGCAUAAAUCCCCUUCUGUUCCACUUGGGAAGAGACCCUGGGGAAAAGUACCCCAUCAGUGUACUGAAAACUGAGUACCAGGAAGCAAUGAACAGAAUUUCCUAUGUUGUCCGACAGCACCAGCAAACAAUGGUUCCAGGGGAACCUCAACUCAACAUUUGUGACUUGGCUGUUAUGAAUUGGUCUCCCCCUGGGUGUGAAAAGCUUGGGAAGUGCCUGACGCCACCAGAAUCCAAUCCUUGGAAAUGUGAUUGGCCUCAUUAAUGGAAAAGAGUGGCUGAGACGAUACAUUUCUACUAUUGGCUGCCCAACAAGACAUUUAAUGGUUGUCAUUACAGUCUUUAGCACAGAAAAUGCACUUACUGACAACCAAAAAAGGCUUCCAUGCUGCCCGGUGUAAAAUGUUGUACUAACCAGCUCUAUUCCCAUGAUGUUGUUUCUAACAAAAUCCUGCAGACUGGAAGAAGUGGUUGGGUUUGUAUUAAGGGAAUGAGACGUUUUUAGAAUAACCCCAAAGCACCAGCUUGCAAUCAACCUCCUAAAAUGUAUGUAGCUUUAGUUUGGAAAUAAGACGAAAAAAGCUUUAAAGGAUUUGUAUCUUGCUUGGCCCAUGGCAGAAAAGAGGCAGCUUAUUACUGGGCGUCCAUAUCUGUAUCAAUUUGCAUUCAGAUAUUAUUUGCAGUGAGCACUUUAGUACCUAUACUGUGAUGUAGUAUUUAUCUGGCUAUUGAUAUAUAGAUUUGUUAUAAGAGCCAACUAUUUACAAGGCCUUGCAAAUCCCUGGUACAUAUACAGGCAGUCCUCGGGUUACAGACAUCCGACUUAAGUACAACUCGUACUUACAUACAGAGAAAAUAGAGCUUUAUCGACAAUCCUUCUUUCCAGGAUAAUCCAAAAUACUGAAAAUCCAAUUGUCACAAGGACAGAAAGUGAUGUGAAAUUUUCUGAACAGGGGCACAGAUAGCAAAACAAACUUUAUCCUAUGCUAUCCAAAACAAAAACAAAAAUGUUUGGCUAGAGUUUCACCUAAAAAAAGUGCCUGUUCCAACUUACAUACAAAUUCAACUUAAGAACAAACCUAAAGUCCCUAUCUUGUACGUAACCCGGGGACUGCCUGUAUAUACAAACUAUACUGCUUGCAAUAUAUGUUAUAUAAUGGCAAUCGGUGAGUAAUUGUAAUUUUAAAAAUGUUUUAGGUCUCAGGAUAAUAGUUUGUUGCUGCUUCUUAAUAAAAGGUUUGGAAUGUUUUUGAGUACAAGACCAGAAUAAUUGUUUUGUAAUUUUAUACCAACUGCUGCUUUAAUAAGGAAUGCAGAUAAUUGCCAAAAUAAAACAAUGUGCCUUGAAUACAAA